GACUGCACCAUGAACGCACCACAGUAGCUCAGACCAGCGCAAAGAGGAAGAAAUGAAACAAAUGUGACUUUGGACAACUUUUUCACCUCUGUUUUGGAAGAACUACGGUUUGAAGACUAUUCGGACCUCUUCAGACAGACUUUGAGCAGAACAGUCAUGGCCGCCAGCUUCCAAAUCAGAAAGUUCCGGGAUGAGGAUACGGAGGCGGUUCAGGAGGUCUUCACUGUCGGGAUGAGCGAGCAUGUGCCUUCUUCUUUCGUGCACAUUUUAAAGCAGCCCCUCACCCAGAUGGUGCUCAUGUGUGUGUUCUGUGCUCUGAUGACUAGCUCGAAAUCUUUCCUUUUUCCCAUCCUCGCUGUCACAUUGCUUCUUGCUGCUACACGUCAGCUAGUUGUCCACAUGUUUAACGCCUACAUCGACACGUCACUCAAAAAAGACCUACACAACAUUUCAGAGACCUACCUCAAGCAGAAGGAUUCAUGCUUUUGGGUGGCAGAGGUAGAUGGGCGUGUUGUGGGCACCGUGGCUUGUCUCCCAAAUGAGAACGUACCCGAAGCUUUGGAAUUGAAACGUUUGUCGGUGCGACGCAGUCAUCGCGGGAUGGGAAUAGCCAAAGCUUUGUGCAGGACAGUGGCAGACUUCACUCGGGAGAGGGGGUAUGCUGCGGUGGUCCUGUACACAUCAGUGGUACAAAGAGACGCACAGCACCUCUAUGACCACAUGGGGUAUCUGAAGACUAAGGAAUUUGCUGCACCAGAGUUUAUUGCCAAAAUAACUAACUUUAAUUUGUUUGAAUACAGGCUGCAGUUGAAAAAAUAUGAUUGAGUUGAAUAUUAUGUUAUAUUACUUAAUUUUUUGUAAAGGGAGAUGUCACAAGAUGGUUCAAGCAUAGUGUCAUCAUUAUGUCUGGUGUAUUUUCAUGGGCAAAACCUUUAAAUGCACAUUUCAAGUUUUAUUAUAGACCAAUGCACGUGAUAGAUGGACAUAAAUAAUUGUGUAAUUGUUAUUGCACAAUAUAUUCUCUAUUAUAAGCUUCAUAGACCAACAAAUUAAUUAAGGGUUCACUAUGUAACUUUAAUGGUGAAAAGUAGACUGGGGACUGUUACUGAAAUAAGUUUCAUAUUGCACAAUCAAGUGUUCCAGGCAAAGCAACAACCUACUAAAAGGAGACAAGCAGGUGGCCAACCUUUCACCAGAAAAGUUGCAGUCAAAUCACUAUUGUGAAAAACAAAAGAUUGGCUGGUGUAGUCUCACAUUAAUAGAAACCAAUAAUGAAAAAUAUGUUUUUAGCCAAAAUAGACUCAAACAAAAGCAUUUUUCCUAGUUUAGUUAUGUUUAUUGCACUGAAAAACUUAGCAAAGCAAGCAUCCUUACCCCGAGUGGGCUUGCAUCUCCAUGAACCUGACUCUUAUUUGACCUGGAAGAGUAGCCUAUUCCUGCUUGUUUCCAUGGAAAUAUUGUUCUUUUGGCUAUAAUGUUUCACAGUAUGGCAUAAAAUACAUCUAUCUCCAUGGAGAAUGUUCCGAAGUAAGGUUUUAGCUUUCUGUUUCCAUGGAUUCUUGCAGAAAGUUUCACAACAUUUAAAAUGUGUGAUUAGGAAAAUAAUCAUGUAUAUUUCUGAUAAGUACGUUUUGUCUAUAUUUAAGGAGGGGGCGUUGGGUGCAGGUGUGUUUUCCUUACCUUUGUUACUUGACUCAGUAUAUUUAUAGUGACCUGAUAAGUAUACCAAAAGUUACAUUCACCAGAUACUUUAAUAUGGUGCUUAAAUAGCCUGUAUUGACCUCAUGCCCAGUGUCUGCUCCUGUGAAGGUAAAAUGAAAUUAGUGCAUCAGUGCAUUGUCACAACACACUCUUCAAAUAGACUGUCUUAUUCUGUAACCUAGGACAUGUAUGAAAAAGAUUUUCCGCUCAUUUAUAUCAUUAAGUUACUUACAUGUAGACUAACAGUGCUUUGUUGCCAUCUGGCAUCUUUCUUAGAACCUGAUCGUUUCCCCUUUUCUAUUUUCCUGUGAAAAGCAAAACCAGAGUUUUAUACAUAAUGACAUUUUAAACACAAGGUUAUACUAUGGUCAUUGUACAUUUCUUAAAUCAUGUCUUUUAGAAAUUUAAAACAAUAUAAGAAACUGACCAAACCUUUGAUUGACUGCAUUUGUUUUUAUUGCUGUUUAAUGUUAUGAUGACUUGGGAUUUGUUAUAAUGAUCUUUUUCUGAAUAAAAAAAAGUGAUUUGUAUAU